AACCAAUGAACAGCCUCCUCAAUAGCUAAACCGUGACAAAUGAACCCCAUUCACGUUAAGACCAAGCGAGGUGCACCCGAUGAUGACAAUGACACCGAUACACUUCCCUCAUUAUCGACCUCGGGGACACCGGUGUUUUCUCCUCCCGCACAGGAUGGACCAUCUGCAAUCAGCAAGAGAACUGGGACUGUGACACCCGCUUCUAUGCCCUCUCAUAAAGUGUCUGUGAUGUUGCCGCAGCCGAGAUCAAGCCCGUCGUUGAUGGGGAUGAACACUGCGAGGAAGCAGGUGCCGAGGUCGGUCGAGGAGGAGCCGGUUUACAUAGCGCCUCUGAACGUUCCGGAUCGGCUGCUAACAAGAGAAGCAAUCAUUGCUCGUAAUAAGUACACCAUACAACGCUACAUGGAUUACUGGAACAACGGCUCCAACUCCGACGAAAUCUACGAGAUCAUCCACCCAGACCACCGCCAAAUCCACCACAUCUUCACCGGCAUCGGCGUCGAACACAAGCGUAACGCAAUAGUAUACUUCCGGUCUCGCUUCGCUUCUCUCCACGCCCGCAUCGAGCACAUGACGGCCGAGGGCGACACCAUCAUCUCCUUCAUCAUCCUUCGCGGCGUCCAGCAGGGCGAGAACUUCGGACAUCCGGAUAGGGAGCGGAUCGUGAAUAUCCGUAUGGCGUUCCGUGAUCGAUUUUUGGAUGGCUUGAUCAGGGAGACGGAGAUUAUUGCGGAUUAUGAGCAGUUAAGGAAGGUGCCGUGGACCAAGAAAUUGGAUACUGCGCUGCCUCCGUCGAAGCAUGUUGAGCCUGCUGGGUUGAGUGUUGUGCCGGCGGAGUUUGAAUUGGUGAUUCAAGCGAAUUUGCCGAGGAAUGAGGAAGGAGAGGAGGACGGGGAAGAUGCUGCUGCCGAGGCUCUCGAAGGAGAGUACGAAGUCGUCUAUACACAGUCUUCUGAUGCAGUAGAGUGGUGCAAUAUGAGUGACGGGGUUCACGGUAUGAUGAGUAUGGCAAAGUAUUGA